AUGAGGCACACAAGCCAACCCUCAAUCGAUCCUCCAUCGAAUGGUCGCCUCAUAGCAUGUAGGGUACUAGUAGGUAGUCACCGCAAACGAUCAGCACCACCACCGGAACCUCCAGCGUACCACAAGCAUCAUCAACAACUGCAGAGAGCACCAACGAGCACGAACAAAACCCCGCAAGAGGUUGGUGAGUCCCGUACUCGACAGUACCUACUCAGCAACACCUUUGGCCUUGAUCUUCGACCCAUUUGCAGCAUGAUCUUUGAUCUGGAGCGAUCUGCUGAGGAUGACAAACACAUAACGAUGCCAAUUGGAGCAGGAAUCGCUUUGGGAGACUUGUAUCUACCUCCAUGGCCUGUUGGAAAAGAUUGCCCUCAGAUUGUUGUUUGUGACGUAGAAGAGUUUUUGCAAUAA